CGCACCACUGUUUUCACCUUCACCCUCCUUCACUCACUUUUCUCUCUUCUUCUUCUUCUUCACUGCUCACACCAAACAAAAACUUUAGAGAGAGAAAGAGAGAGAGACCACAACGAAAUUACCCAAGAUGUUGCUGGGUAAGAGACCUCGUCCUCCAAUGAAGAGAACCACCAGCAUGUCCGAAAUAACGUUGGAUCUGAACGCCGCCGCCUCCGAUGCAACCGACCAACGGAGAUCAGGUGCUGGUGGCGGCGCCUUAACACCCAAAAUUCUAAGAAGACAUUCUUCUGAUUUCGUAGACACACCUCACUUCCUGCGCGCGUGUGCCCUCUGCAAAGGCCGUCUCGCACCGGGUCGAGACAUCUAUAUGUACAGGGGUGACAGUGCUUUCUGCAGCCUGGAGUGUCGUCAGCAUCAGAUGAACCAGGACGAGAGGAAAGAGAAGUUUGUGACGGCGUCGAAGAAGCAAGUCGUGCCUCCUCCACCGUCUGGUUCUCAAAUCGCCGCCACCACCAAGGGCGAAACCACCGUGGUGGCGUUGUAGAUGUGAAAUCCAAACCCAACAUGUCAAAAACGUGUUUUUAUAGCUCCCUCUCUUUCUCUUUAUUCUCUUUUUUAGCGUGGAGACUUUUUGGAUAAUGGGAACGGGUGGCUUUCCUUGCUUACAUGCGCAAACCGGAGAAGUGUUAUUUUUGGAACUUGGAAGUGCCUUGUAGUGAUCAAUCAAUCCCCUUUGGAUUUUGAAUCCAUAGAUAUAUAAUUAUUGAAAUUGAAAACAAAGUUUCAAAAUCCUACUCCA